GCGGCCAGCGCCUCCUCUCCCCUCCCAGACCAGCAGAGGCAGCAGCAGAAGCCGCAGCUCCCGCCAGCCCCUCCCGCCGUCGCCAUUCCUCGCCCGCCCGGCUCUCUCCUUCCCUCCCUCCCCGGGGCCUCUCGCCUCCGGAUCGCUCCUUCCUCCCCAUUCCUCCCUUGUUUUUCCUCCCCCCUUUCUCCUCCUCCCUUCCCCGUCUCUCUCUCCCCGAUCACUCGGUGUUUCCCGCCCUCGCUCCUCACGGCGGUCAUCUGUCGUCCUUUGUAACUUGGCAGUUUGUGUGUUCUAGUCUCGUCUUAUCCUGUGACCAAAGAUCUGACUACUUUGUACAUCUUCUGCGUAUUACCUUGACCUGCAAGAACUCUUCUCACCAUGGACACUGGUGUUAUUGAAGGAGGAUUAAAUGUUACGUUGACAAUCAGGCUGCUCAUGCAUGGCAAGGAGGUUGGAAGUAUAAUUGGAAAGAAAGGAGAAUCUGUGAAAAAGAUGCGUGAGGAGAGUGGGGCCCGGAUAAACAUCUCAGAAGGUAAUUGCCCUGAACGAAUUAUCACUCUUGCGGGACCUACAAACGCCAUCUUCAAAGCAUUCUCUAUGAUCAUUGAAAAACUGGAAGAAGAUAUUAGCAGCUCUAUGACAAAUAGUACUGCAUCCAGCAAACCACCUGUGACGCUGCGUCUUGUGGUUCCUGCUAGUCAGUGUGGCUCCCUAAUUGGGAAAGGCGGUUGUAAAAUUAAAGAGAUUAGAGAGAGCACAGGGGCUCAGGUCCAAGUGGCUGGAGAUAUGCUUCCCAACUCAACAGAGCGUGCAAUCACUAUAGCUGGCAUUCCUCAGUCCAUCAUUGAAUGUGUCAAGCAGAUAUGCGUUGUCAUGCUGGAGUCUCCUCCAAAAGGAGUUACCAUCCCAUAUCGACCUAAGCCUUCCAGCUCUCCGGUUAUUUUUGCAGGUGGUCAGGCCUACACCAUUCAAGGACAGUAUGCCAUUCCUCAGCCUGAUCUGACCAAGUUGCACCAGCUGGCAAUGCAACAGUCUCACUUUCCUAUGUCUCACAGUGGCAACACCGGAUUCAGUGGAGGCAUUGAUGCAUCGGCUCAAACCACUUCUCACGAACUCACCAUUCCAAAUGAUUUGAUCGGUUGUAUCAUUGGACGUCAAGGAGCUAAAAUAAACGAGAUUCGUCAGAUGUCUGGGGCACAGAUUAAAAUUGCUAAUCCUGUGGAAGGUUCUACUGAUCGACAAGUGACUAUCACUGGAUCUACAGCCAGCAUCAGCUUGGCCCAAUACCUUAUCAAUGUCAGUCUAGAAACCGCUAAACCCUCCUCCUCCCAGAGCGCCACGACCCCUGACCUUCUCAGCAUCUCUCAACCCUCCACCCCUUCUGCCCCCAUCUCUCUGCUGGCUGCCACCUCAGCGGGGGGUGGUGAACCCACCUCAGUCUCCACCUCCUCUUCCUCCUCCUCGGAUACACCUCCCAAUCCCUCGACUGCCCCCUGUGUCUCCAAUCUGCUUGACAUGAAACCUGUCCCGCUCCUGGCUCUAAAUGUCGUGUCCACAGCCUCAUCCUCUGCUGUUCCUGCCUCUGCCGCCCAGAUGUAUUCUAAAGUGAAAUCGGAAAAGCAGCGAUUUUCUCCCUACUGAGUUGCCUGUCGUAUGAAUUAUAAUUGACAGAACAUACAAGUUUAUUUUAACGAAUUGUCAGAUUAAAUUGUUUAUGCUGUUGAUCCACUGUAAUUCAUUUAGUGCUAGAUAUCAGAAGAGUAUAUAUAUUUUUUGUUUCCCCUCCUUUUGAAGAUGGCUUAGGGACAUAGGAGGUUGGUACAGAUAAGGGAGGCUUGCUUCCUGCCUCUCAUAUUUUUUUUUUCAUUUUAUUUGUAAACCUACACGUAGUGUUAGCUGUGUUUUUAUUGCUUAAAUCAACAAAUUUAAAUGUGUUUAGCAUUUACUGUGAGGUAUUGUUUUAAUAAAAACAGCCAUUGGUUUGUUAACCAUACAAGGCUCUAGUUGUAAUAUU